GGAGGGGGCUCAGGAGAGGAGUGGACGCCGCUGGCCAGGAUGGUGCUGGAGAGCGUGGCCCGCAUCGUGAAGGUGCAGCUCCCGGCAUAUCUGAAGCGGCUCCCAGUUCCUGAAAGCAUUACCGGGUUCGCUAGGCUCACAGUUUCAGAAUGGCUUCGGUUAUUGCCUUUCCUUGGUGUACUCGCACUUCUUGGCUACCUUGCAGUUCAUCCAUUCCUCCAGAAGAAAAAACAACAGAAGGAUAGCUUGAUUAAUCUUAAAAUACAAAAGGAAAAUCUGAAAGUAGUGAAUGAAAUAAACAUUGAAGAUUUGUGUCUUGCUAAAGCAGCUUAUUGUAGGUGUUGGCGUUCUAAAACGUUUCCUGCCUGCGAUGGUUCACAUAAUAAACACAAUGAAUUGACAGGAGAUAAUGUGGGUCCACUAAUACUGAAGAAGAAAGAAGUGUAAUAAUAUUAUAACAAUAUUUUCUCAUUCUUUGUGUAUAGAAAAUUUUUAAAUGGUGUCUUAAUUAUUACUACUGGUUGAACAAUUAUCUCUUCCAGUUUAUUUUCUUGCUGCACUACUGUUUGUGUUUGAUCCUUUGUAUAUUCAGUCACUUAAUUAGAAAUUAAAUUGUCAAGCCUCUUAUUCUGACUUCAAAGAAUUAAUGUAUCUUCCAACAAUAAAAUCACUUCUGAUUUUAAUUUAGGAAAA